AUGGCAACAGAAAAACAACUAACCAUGCAGGCGUUAAUGGAUCAUGACAGAGUACAACCAAAAUUUAAGGCUCCAAAGGGUCCCGCAACACACACUUCUUCAACCAAGGAAAAGAAAGAGGAUGGGGAAGAGCGACGACCUCGACUCACCUCGACCAGUGAAUCACAAAAAUCUGUCACCACAUCUAAGCCGAGUGGAAUGAACUUUUUCAAAUUGGUUGCUGCUACGAGGGCAUGGCAACGAUUAGCUAAGAAAAGGGCAGCUCAGAACGCAGUAUCAAAACCUGCCAUACAAUAUGAAAACACAUACAGAUUGGAGCCAGCUGAUGGUGCUAAGUUUGUACCGUCUAAAGUAGAAAAUAUUAUAAAAGACAUUUUAGAAGCCCGACUUCGUGACUUUAAAUACCGUGCAAUGUUUGUUAAAAACCUCACCACCGAUCUAUCAAAUGUGAUAAAUCAGCGGGUAAAGGCGCUAGGAUUCCCACGCUAUAAAUUUGUUUGUAAUGUGGUAAUAAUGGAAAACAAAGAUCAGGGAGUGGAAGUCGCGAGCAGGUGCGUUUGGAACCCAAGCACCGACAACUUUGCCACAUACACUUACAGGAAUGCUACGACAAUAGCGACCGCUCAUGUGUACGGUGUCUAUUUUGAAUGA